AUGAAAAAAAUAAUUCUCCUUCUAUUUAUCUCUGUAUACAUUCAAGCAUACUCAGUCCCACCUUUCAGGAGCCAAUGGAAUGAAUGUGAAUCUGAUUUGGACUGUCCAGUUAUUGAUUGUAUGACAUACCCAUGUGAUACGUUCGUCUGUGAGGACAACAAGUGUUCAGUGAAGAGACCUAAAGAAGCUUGCGUCGUUGGAGGGUGCUCAGGCCAACUUUGCAUCAGAUAUGGUGAAUCUGGAAUUUCAACAUGCGAAUGGAGAGAAGUGUAUGGGUGCUAUAGUGAAUAUGGAAACUGCACCUUAAUUGAUGGAAAAUGCCAAUGGGAGCCCACUAAAGAACUUAUGACCUGCAUCAACGAUAGAAGCUAA